CCAGCUGGCGUAAGACCCCAAAGAAGAAAAUGAGCAAGAUGGCGGCUGAACGGGAUCCCCGUGUGAGCACAGCCCCGCGCUCCUCUCUCAGUGCCUCUGAUGAACAACCCGGGAGAGCCGCCAGAGCCUGUGUGUGUGUGGAUAAAUCUGUCUGACCGGACCGUCUCUCUCAAUGAGCUCAUCUCCCGGUUUCCUACAGAGCUACUGGAGUUAGCUUAGCAUGUUAGCUGGAAGCAGCCCGGCGGGGACGGAGCGCAGCAGCAGCACAGCUGGUCAGAGUGAGUGUGUGGUGGAGAGCAGGGUUUGUUAGUGACGGGGGGAAAGUGUGUGUGGUUGUGUGAACAUGUCUGAAGUCCACAUGCUGAGAGCUGUGGUGAAGCAGAGACUGACUGCGGGCGGAGCGGCGGGAGAGCGGCCGUACUCUGCGCUUUACGACGUCCAGCAGCUGAGUAAAGAGGAGCAGCAGGAGUGGAGCUCCAGUCUGGACCAGGAGGACCAGGAGGACCCAGAGCCCCCACACAUUAAAGAGGAACAGGAGGAACUCUGGACCAGUCAGGAGGGAGAGCAGCUUCAAGGACUGGAGGAGGCUGAUAUCACCAAGUUCACAUUCACUCCUGUCCCUGUGAAGAGUGAAGAUGAUGAUGAUGAUGAUGAUGAUGAUGAAGAGAAAGCUCAGUCCUCACAGCUUCAUCAGAGUCAGACUGAGGAGAAUAGAGAGGCAGAGCCUCCAGCCAGCAGCUCAACUGAACACAUGGAGACAGAAGCUGAUGGAGAGGACGGUGGAGGACCAGGACCAGACAGGAACUCAGAUCCAGACAGACAUUUACAACCUGUUAGUGAAGACAAAACUUCAGACUCUUCUGAGACUGAUGUCAGUGACAAUGAUUGGACCAAGACCAGAGGACCUCAGUCUGGUUUAAACUCUAUGAAGAAUAUUGUACAUAAUACUGACAAGGGAUCAUAUAUUUGCUCAGAGUGUGGUAAAACAUUUGGCCUAAAGACAAAUCUGAAAAGACACAUGAAAUGUCACACAGGAGAAAAACCAUUCAGCUGCUCAUUCUGUGAUAAAAGUUUCAAUCGGAGAGAACACUUGAUUGCUCACAUGAGGUGUCAUUCAGGAGAAAAACCUUUCAGCUGUUCUGUUUGUAACACAAGUUUUAGUCAUGGCUGGUCUUUGGAUAAGCACAUGAGAGUCCACACCGGAGAGAAACCAUUUUGUUGUUCAUUUUGCAGUAAAAGCUUCAGGCAGCGCUCAGACUUGGUGGCACAUUUUAGAAUUCACACAGGAGAAAAACCUUUUUCCUGCUCAGAGUGUAACACCAGCUUCACUCAGCGUCACACUUUGGUUCAGCACAUGAGGAUCCAUACUGGGGUGAAACCUUUUGUUUGCUCAGUUUGCGGAAAGAGAUUCUCACGAAAGGGACAUCUAACAAGACACAUGACGGCUCACACUGGGGAGAAACCAUUCAACUGCGGUGUUUGUGACAAAGGAUUCACAUGGCAGUCACAGUUUAAAAGACAUGAGUGUAGUGGAGAGAGCAGCAGCAGUAAAUGAAGCUGUGGAGCGACAGUUUAAUGUUUCUUACUGCCCAUCUUUUGAUUGACAUGAGUGUUGAAGGGUUAGAGCAAGAACAACAUGAACGUAUAAGAAUGUGUAACAUAAUAAAUGGUCCCCGAGAAAUUA